CAUCGUUGUAAGUUGUCUGCUCCUCUUCCUCUCUGUGUGUGUGUGUGCGUGUGAACCCUGACGAUCAAAAUUACAUUUUCAUUGGCAUUCUAUAGUUCCCCGAAACCCUAUCAGAUGGCUACGUCACUAAUCAACAAAACCCUCAAUUCAAUCAAAACCCCUAAUUUCCUCACUCCACUCUCAUCAUCCCUCAACCGCCACUUUACCUCCGUCGCCACCGCCCAACAACACUCGCAGUCCGACCAUCCAUCUUCCUCCUUCACCUUCACCGACAACACUAACGCCUCCGGUGAUAGCAUAUUAGUCAAGGCACCCAAUUCGAAUGGGAAACGUGAUUCGGCGUCGUCGUCUUCAGUAACAAUGCCAAUGGCGUUUAUGACUGGAUCGAUUGUGGGCAAGAGGUUUUACAAGCAAGUGACUACGAGAGAGGCGGAUGAUGGGAAUGGAUGGACGGUGAUGCUUGAUUAUAGGACGCUUAAGACUCCUUCUAAAAGGCCACUGAAAUUGCCCACUUUAGCCCUCGCUAAGGCCAUUGCUGCUGAAUGGGAGUAUCAGCAAACAGAUGGGAUCAGGCCUUUUACAAUGCCUCUCAUGAAAAUUGCGUGUACUGCACUGGAGAGAGUUCCACUCACGCGACCAAAAAUUAUAGAACACUUGAUGAAGAAAUUUAAUCAAGAUUUAGUUUUCUGUCGUGCCCCAGAGGAUAAUGCUCUCACCAGUGGUGUCUAUGAGCUACAAGUGGAGAAAAUUGAUCCCUUGCUUGAUUGGGUGAAAUCCGAAUUUGGCUUUAAGCCUGUUGUGUACUCGAGUUUUUUUGGUGGCCAGCAGGAGGAGGGUCUGGUGAAGGCAUUAGAAGAUCUUUUGAAGAAAACGGACAACUGUGAAUUGGCAUCAAUUGAUGCAAUUGCAUCAGCAGCCCAUUCCUUGGUAAUUGCUAUUGGAAUCUUUCGUGGAAAAUUGAAUAUUGAGGAAGCCAUUGAGUUGAUCAGACUUGAAGAAGAUUUGCAGGUUGACAAGUGGGGCUUAGUUGAAGGUGGUCAUGAUGUAGAUAUCGCUGAUCUGAGGGUACAGAUAUCAUCUGCAACUGUGUUCCUUGGUCUUUCGAGGAUUUGAGCUCUGUGUGUGGCAUUUUGCUCAUAAUGUUCAACCUAAAUUCUAGCUUUAAUGCUUGUUUGUCUUUUAAGAUGUAGAUCGUAGAAUAUAUGUAAUGCCUGAGGUUUUGUCAGAAUUGUAGUUAAUUGCUAAGAUAAAGUAUCAUAAUAAUUGAAUUCAGAACUAGAAGCAGUUUUUUUCCUAUUACAAUCAAGAGAAUUCACAAUUCUAGUU